UCCCUCAGGCUGGGUUCCCUAGGAGCCGCCCCAGGCUUAAUGAUUGUCCAGAAGGUGGCUAUAAAGGGAGCCUGGGAGCCUGAGUGGAGGAGGGAGUGGAAAAGACCUUACUCAGCAGAUUUGGGCACUGAGAGAGCCAGCAGGCAGGAGCUGUGGUCAGAGGCUCUGGGUCCUGGCCAGUAGGGCUGCUCUCUUCUACCACCAUGGCGGCCCAGGGCUAUGGCUACUAUCGUACUGUGAUCUUCUCAGCCAUGUUUGGGGGCUACAGCCUGUACUACUUCAACCGCAAGACCUUCUCCUUUGUCAUGCCGUCGUUGGUGGAGGAGAUCCCUCUGGACAAGGAUGACUUGGGGCUCAUCACUAGCAGCCAAUCUGCAGCAUAUGCCAUCAGCAAGUUUGUGAGUGGGGUACUGUCUGACCAGAUGAGUGCUCGCUGGCUCUUCUCCUCUGGGCUGCUCCUGGUUGGCCUGGUCAAUGUCAUCUUCUCGUGGAGCUCCUCAGUGGCUGUCUUUGCUGCUCUCUGGUUCCUCAAUGGCCUGGCACAGGGGCUGGGCUGGCCUCCAUGUGGGAAGAUCCUGAGGAAGUGGUUUGAGCCAUCUCAGUUUGGCACUUGGUGGGCCAUCCUGUCAACCAGCAUGAACCUGGCUGGAGGGCUGGGCCCAAUCCUGGCAACCAUCCUUGCCCAGAGCUACAGCUGGCGCAGCACACUAGCCCUGUCUGGGGCACUGUGCAUGGUUGUCUCCUUUCUCUGUCUCCUGCUUAUCCACAACGAACCUGCUGAUGUUGGACUCCGCAACCUGGACCCCACCCCUUCCAAGGGCAAGAAGGGCUCCUUGAAGGAGGAAAGUACCCUACAGGAACUGCUGUUGUCGCCCUAUCUGUGGGUGCUCUCCACUGGCUACCUUGUGGUGUUUGGGGUGAAGACCUGCUGUACUGACUGGGGCCAGUUUUUCCUUAUUCAGGAGAAAGGACAGUCAGCCCUUGUGGGUAGCGCCUACAUGAGUGCCCUGGAGGUUGGGGGCCUUGUAGGCAGUAUCGCAGCUGGCUACCUGUCAGACCGGGCCAUGGCAAAGGCAGGCCUAUCCAUCUAUGGGAACCCUCGCCAUGGGCUGCUGCUGUUCAUGAUGGCUGGGAUGACUGUGUCCAUGUACCUUUUCCGAGUAACUGUGACCAGUGACUCCCCAAAGCUCUGGAUCCUGGUACUGGGAGCUGUGUUUGGUUUCUCCUCGUAUGGUCCCAUUGCCUUGUUUGGAGUUAUAGCCAAUGAAAGUGCCCCUCCCAACUUGUGUGGCACCUCCCAUGCCAUUGUGGGACUCAUGGCCAAUGUGGGCGGCUUUCUGGCUGGGUUACCCUUCAGCACUAUUGCCAAGCACUACAGCUGGGGCACAGCCUUCUGGGUGGCUGAAGUGAUCUGUGCAGCCAGCACAGCUGUCUUCUUCCUGCUACGAAACAUCCGCACCAGGAUGGGCCGAGUGCUGAAGAAGGCCGAGUGAAGAGGAUGCAGGCUCUGCGGUGUCUUGUUCCACCUGUGACCUUUCUAGGCGUGUGUGGGGUAGGACAGGGGGAAGGGAGAUGCUCCAGUUAGCACUGAACCUUUAACUUCCCUCUUCUGCUUUGUCCCUUACCUGAGUAACACUGGAAGUUAUCAGAGGCUAAUGAGGUCCCAGCUCUACAUCCUAUGCUCUAUUUAAGAUACACUUU